GAGAAGACUCCAUCAAGCAGCUCAUACGUAUAUCACUUGCCAUGCCAGCCUAGCUUCUUCCGUGUCUUUCUUUCUCAAUAAAUACAUGCCACUCACAUGGUGCUCCUCCAUCUUCCAAGUCACCAACGCAAAUUGCACCAAGAAAUCCAUCGAGAGGCCGUCGACAGGGGAAUUAAUGGCGUCGUCGUCUAGCAGCAGCCACCGCCGCCUCAUCCUCGCAGCCGCCGUCCUGCUCUCCGUGCUCGCGGCUGCCAGCGCCAGCGCCGGGACCUCCUGCGUGCCGGGGUGGGCCAUCCCGCACAACCCGCUCCCGAGCUGCCGCUGGUACGUGACCAGCCGGACCUGCGGCAUCGGGCCGCGCCUCCCGUGGCCGGAGCUGAAGAGGAGAUGCUGCCGGGAGCUGGCGGACAUCCCGGCGUACUGCCGGUGCACGGCGCUGAGCAUCCUCAUGGACGGCGCGAUCCCGCCGGGCCCGGACGCGCAGCUGGAGGGCCGCCUAGAGGACCUGCCGGGCUGCCCGCGGGAGGUGCAGAGGGGAUUCGCCGCCACCCUCGUCACGGAGGCCGAGUGCAACCUGGCCACCAUCAGCGGCGUCGCCGAAUGCCCCUGGAUUCUCGGCGGCGGAACGAUGCCCUCCAAGUAACUGCGAAGAGCAUAGUGCAUGAGGAAUGAGCUUGUAGCUAGCUCAUAUGUCUGAAUAAUAAGCACAGCAAGAAGAUGAAUGCAUUUCUCGGAUCGUUCAUCCGGAACAAUAAUUAAAGGGGAUCCGGAUUUGUUCUUGUGA